AAUGAAAAUUCUCCGGAGAAAAACUGACCAGAUCAAUCAACCGCUUCAAGUUCAUUUUGGUCCGGAGAUGACAACCACGUAGGGCUGGAUUUCGUUCACGAACUGAACCCCUGUGAGUGGGCCAGGCAGCAGAGACAAGACAUACUCCACUCAGCUCCCAGUCAAUAGUCAUCGAAUCCGAAGCUGACUCGGUAAGAUGUCGGGGAUGUCCCCACAUGGGGUGGCAGCGUGAGGGCAUUUCCCGUCGACCAGACCACCCCGACACGUUGAGAGACCCGAGCAGACUGUCAAACCCUCCAUCCAACAACCCCAAGGUCCUCAAUAUAGACAGUUAUAAGGCGAACACCAUCGACACAGAGCCAUCGACAAUGAGCAGCACCGCCCAGUUCUCCCCCUCGCGAUCAUGUCCACCUUCAACGCCUCCGAAGUGAACCUCCACACGGCAAGCAAAGAGGAGGUGCUCUGCUACUAUGCCAUCUCAGACAACGAGUACAACGGGCACCUGGGGGCGCGCGUCUCGUCCAUCUUCGUGAUCUUGUUCGUCUCCACCGCCUUCACCUUCUUCCCUGUGGUGUCUAAGGGCAUGCCCAGCUGGAAGAUCCCACACAACGUCUACAUCUUCGCGCGCUACUUCGGCACGGGCGUCAUCCUGGCCACGGCGUUCGUGCACCUGCUAGACCCAGCCUACAAGCGCAUCGGGCCGAAGACCUGCGUCGGGGUCUCCGGCUACUGGGGCGAGUACUCGUGGUGCGCGGCGAUCGUGCUGGCAGCGGUGGUGAUGAUCUUCCUGCUGGACCUAGCAGCGGAGGUCUACGUGGAGCAGAAGUACGGGAUCGAGCGCGACGAAGGCGCGACGCACGCCUUCAUCGCCCACGAAGAACCCUACCCAUCCCAGUCCAGCGCGCACGCCGCCGACCCAGAGGGCCACAGCCACCGCAACCGCAUCCACGCCGAAAAACCUACCCCCUCCGCAUCCGCGUCCGACCACGGGUCCACGGCGGACUUAAACGAGCGGUCCUUCCGGCAGCAGAUCGCGGCGUUCCUGAUCCUGGAGUUCGGGAUCAUCUUCCACUCGGUGAUCAUCGGGCUGAACCUGGGCGUCACCGGCUCCGAGUUCGCCACGCUCUAUCCCGUACUGGUCUUCCACCAGUCUUUCGAGGGCCUGGGCAUCGGCGCCCGUCUCUCCGCUAUCCCCUUCGCCCGCCACGCCAAACUGCCCUACCUCCUCUGUCUGGCCUACGGCCUGACCACCCCGAUCGCCAUCGCCAUCGGCCUCGGUCUGCGAACCACCUAUAACCCCAACUCCAAGGAGUCGCUGAUCAUCCAGGGCGUCUUCAACGCCGUCUCCGCGGGGAUUCUGAUCUACAGUGCGCUGGUCGAGUUAUUGGCACGGGAUUUCCUGUUUGAUCCGUGUCGUACGCGCCGCAGGUCCCGGUUGUUGUACAUGGUGUUCUGCACCUUGUUGGGGGCUGGGAUUAUGGCGUUGAUUGGGAAGUGGGCGUGAUCAUGUAUUGUGUUGUCUAGCACGAAGACGAGGAUGUGGUACUGCGUGAACAAAAAUUCAUCUUAGUCAUUGAUAAUUGGCACAAUCUCUUGAC